UCUCGAGCAAGGACUAACUUGGGGUGGCCAUUGGUUGGGACUCAGCUUUUUAGAUCAUGUCUAAGGAAGAGGCCAAUUCUUGAAAAGACUAAAACUAAGGAGGAGGUUGUUCUGUUGUGGUCAAAGUUGGUGGCGGCCAUGAAGAGGUGCUUGAACCUGGAGAUCGAUCUAUGUAUCAAGGCAACUGAUGUUUUGAACUGGAAAAUUUGA